UGCCGGGGAGUAACUCUACUUGCAACUUGCGCGAGCCAUUCCCAAGCGCAUGCGCCGCACACCAGGCUUGGGAGACGUCCAAGCAGGCUGCGACAAGCUCAGAUGUCGCUGCUGGCCGGAGCCACGCUGCUCAAUGGCAUCGGGCAUUUGGCGAACUUGGGGCAGUUUGUGGAGAUCGGCCAGGGCCAAGCCUUUCAGCGGGAGCAGAUGCAGUGGGCGCGCCGCGCCUACUGCCUGGACUCCAGGGCCCUGAGGAUCGACCUCCUCAAUGCAGUGAAGGAGGACGUGCGGGACCACCACCAGACCUAUGCCAGCAGGAUAGACACCUUGCUAGUGGUGCACACCCUGCUGCUCACUUUUGCCUUGGCCACCCUCCAGUACUCGGACCAGUUCGUCCCUGUGUCAGGUUGCGUGGAGUGUGAGGAGAACGAGCAUCCUUGGCUAGUGACCUGCUGGGUGUACUCCGUAUCGGGGAUCCUGAUACUUCCGUUCUGGGGCAUCGUCAUGCUCAUUUGGAGCAAGCUUCAGCUGGACCACUGGCUGGAGAACUCCAUCGGGCGUCUCAACGUGGAGCUCCGGCGGUCCUUGAGCGCGGACUCCAACUGCACGGAGCCUUCUGAGGACAGGGACGGCACUCAGCUUCUCGACAAAGUGGAGGGCGCAGUGACGCGCCUCAGCACCUUCGUGGUGGAGCACCAGGAAAGUUUCAAGAAGGUCUGGAACCAGGAGUGCCGCUUCAUGAUUUCGGCCGCCACGGUCUUCCUUUGGGGCUCUUGCAUCCUGGCGAUUCUCAUCACCUCUGGCAUGUUCUGGCUGUUCCUGCAGAACCACAUGGCUGGUCAACAUCGUCACGCUGCGAGCCAUUUUGCUUUGUGCACCCUGUCUGGCCUCAUAGCACCGGUGUUCUACGGCCUGUGGUAUCGCCUCUCCUGCGCGCGACGGCCUUCUGUGGACAUCUUUGAGGAUUGUAUCGAACCUGAGCUUCCUCAAGCGAUCCGCUGCCACGAAGGUGCUCCCAGCGGUCCUCUGAGCUCCGUGGAGACCUCCAUCUCCGCAGCCUCUUCGCGCGCCGCGGCGUUGUUGACCCGGCUACGUCGCGGACGGGAUGCUCGUGAAGGCUCCAACAUCAUCGAUGAGGGAGUCCUGAUGGCUGAACGUCCCUCAGGAUUGCCAAGCUUGGAGGACGACAUGUACUUCAACCAGCUGACAUGAGCCGUGGAAAAGCUGCAGGA